AUGAGUAAAGGGAUUGGAGCACACCUUGAUAAAGCUGUCAAAUUGAAAAUCUAUCAACAGAGAGCAAAUAAAUACAAUUCUGAAUUUGAUAAAUUAGAGGUAUAGUUAAUUGACUUAUUUAAUUUCCUUUAAAUAGGAAUAAGGACAUGACCCAGAUAAGAUCCCUGCAAUUUUAAGUGAGGAGGAAUACAAGAAACGACAUGCUAAUGAUCCACAAGAACCAUUACCUUUUGAACGUAGUGAUAAAGUAUUGCCAAUAACUGGGUCCACUCAUCUGGGAUUCGAUAAAGCUCAUACAAAUCUGUCUGCAACUAAAUAGAUGAUGUAGAUUUAGGAAUAGAAAAUGCAAAAAAUAAAAACAAUAAAAUAGUCAGGAGGAAAAUUGCCUGUUGAUGGUAAACAGUUAUACCUAUUAGUUAAGAGGUACAUAAGGCAUAAAAGGAACAUGAAAGAAACAUGAAGGCACGUAUUCAAUAUGAUCAUAUUAAUGAUUUACAUUAAAUGUAAUAAUCGGAUCCUAAUGCCAAGAAGUCCUCAUAUUAAUAGCAUCAUGGUAAAAUAGUUGUUUGAUUUAGUGUUUACAAAAUAUAUGUAAGAUGAAUGUGACCAUCAAAACUUUGAUUAUCAUUAGAUGAAGAACGACUUAAAACAAUACCAUGAGGCCUUUGUUAUAUGUCAAAAAACACUAAGAAAAUGA